CGUACGUGUAUGUUGUCCAUUUGUAGAAUAUGACUUAUAUUUUAGUGAAAAAGAAAUGAUUAUAAGAAGGACUAUAUUAUUACCAUGAACUUGUGAACCAAGAUAAUAUUUAUAUAAAUGAACUAAAUUCAAUGGAAUAUUAUAUGAGAAAAAUAAAAAGAAAAGAGAACAGAAACACUGGGAAAAAUCUAGUUGGUUAACAUAAUCUUAAGUAGCUAAAGGCAAAUUUAUAAAUUUCACAAUAAUUAACAUUUCAAAAUAUAGUACAACUGGAAAAUGUUGUAUUGCCUAAUCAUAUUGAAUUAUAUUUUCCAAAUGCACUUCUAUCAAAUUAUAUAAUUAGAUUUGAAAAUUGUCAACAGUAGUGGGAACUGCCUAUAAAUAUUUCUUUAUAUAUAAUACAUGUAUAUAUAUAUUUAUAAUUUAUGAGCAUGCAUUCAUCAUUUCCGGAUACAUAUAGAAAGUCAGAUGAUGAAGAUCAUAUAACUAAAUCGAAACCUCUAACUAGCAAAGGAUGUAGUGAUAAUAAUAGUAACAACAAUAAUUUGUCUAAUUCUAAUAAUGAUAACACUGAUGAAAAGAAACUCAAUGAUGUAUUAAAAUCAAUUGAAGAAGGAGAUAAGUAUAGUAUGUCUGUCGGUCUAGUCAAACAAAUAGAUUCAGAUGACACGGAAAUAAUGACGAACACUCCCCAGAAAAGAAAUUGGAAAGGAAUUCUACUUGCAUUGCUUGUGAUUAUGUUUAUUUCUUCUUUGAUUCUAACAGCAAGUGUCUUAACAACACCAAAAGAGAAAAAGAUCGACCAUGGAUUACCAUUCACUUUUUCUGAUCUUAUUCUCAUAGAUCGACUUUUGGAAUCAUUCAAUAGUCAAUCUGUUAAUGGUAGUUUUGUUUAUUUAACGAGAGGAAAAGAUCUGAUCGUGUUGGAUACUGAUACGCUCAAAGAAACACUUCUUCUAUCUCAUCUUGUUAUACAAGAGAAAGCCUCAUUCAUGGAUAAAUAUUUUGUUGCACCAGAUCUAUCGGCAGUGAUAUUAGCAUAUGAUUUUAAAGAUCCUACUCGACGUUCUGGAAAGUCAAAGUAUGAUGUAGUGAACCUUAAUCCGGUAACAAAGAGAACUGGACUUGAAAGAAGAAUUGAAAUCGGAGUAGACGAUCAAAUGACAGAACAACCAUUUUUAGACUUUGUCAAGUGGUCACCAAAAAGUAAUUGUAUAGCUUUUGUAACUCAGAAGAAUAUCCACCUGUUAUUCAAUCCACUUGAUUCAAAUAAUAGGAAGGUUGUAAAUCUUACACAGUCGAUGCCCCAAAGUCACAUGUCUUAUGGUGUAUCAACUUGGUUAUAUGAAGAGGAAAUUUUGCAUACUAAUGAAGCAUUAUGGUGGAGCGAUAGCGGAAAUUACUUAGCUGUAGCUGCGUUUGAUGAAACAAAUGUGAGUACAUAUGAAAUACUUAAAUUUGGUGAUGAUUAUGAGCUGAAAAAUAGAAAUAGGAAGAUGAAAUAUUCGAUGGCAGGUGAGACCUCCUUGUAUAAUAGUCCUGUGGUUACCUUAUAUCUAUACGAUAUGAAAACUAUGAACUUUCAAAUAAUUCCGAUACCAAAACAAAUUCCUAGUGAUGGAUUAUUAACAAUGGCGCGCUGGAUGAAUGAUGACAUUUUCGUACAUGCAUGGACAAACCGUAUUCAAAAUCGUGGUUGGAUAACCGUUUUCAGUCAAUCUCUGAAUCAAAGCUGGGUUUUUUAUAAAAUUGGUUAUGAAAAUGGAUGGGUGGAUUUGUUAAAGCAGACUAAUGUGGAGCCUAUAAUUAACAAAGAAAAUCAAGAAAUGUUAAUUAUACUUCCAAGAGAUUAUUCAGAAAAAGGGUAUAGGGGUAUAGCAAAACUGAAAAUUCCAAUGUUACCAUCAGAAACUCUUCAGUUACCAAAGUGGAUUAUUACACCGAAUUUCGAUGUGAAGGAAAUACUAUAUUAUGAUGGUAAUGAUGAAGUCAUUUUUAUUGGAACAGGACCUGACUCUAAAAAUGCUCAUGUUUAUUGGACUUCUCAAUCCAUAGGUAAUAUGACUUGUCUUACUUGUGAAAAUGUGAAUAAUACAUAUAAUUGGGCAGAAGUUCUGUCAAACGGGAAAUAUUUAGUUCAAGAUGUUCGAGGCUCGGGUACUCCCAAAACUUUCCUAAAAAGAAUUAAUAAGAAUUUAACAGAAACGAAUAAUUUCACAGUUACCACAGAAAUCAUCAAGUACUUUGUGACUAAUAGAGUAUUUGAAAACUUUGUAAAUUCUCAUGCACUACCACGUGUUGAAUAUACAAAACUGAGAUUACGUAAUGGCACCAGAAAUCAAAUCGAUGUCGAGGCUAAGCUAUAUUUACCACCGGAACUUGAUCCAGCACAUAUCACUCAAUAUCCUCUUUUAUUAUAUACUUAUGGUGGACCAACACUUCAAGUCGUAACCUCAGCUUUUACAAUUGACUGGUUAACAUACAUAUCAGCAACUGCGAAAGUUAUUGUCGCUCAAGUUGAUGGCCGAGGUACAAGUGGUCGAGGAAGAUUUUAUGAGCAGUCAAUCUAUAAAAAUCUAGGUGUGAUUGAAAUUGAGGACCAGCUGGAUAGUGUCAAAGCUUUAAUUCGACGUUUCCAUUACAUAAACGAAAGUCAAGUUGGUGCUUACGGUUGGUCUUAUGGUGGAUUCACAGUUAGUCAUUUGCUUACCAGACCUGAAAAUCAGUGGAUUCGGUGUGGAAUUUCUGUCGCUCCAGUCAGUGAUUUUAGAUAUUACUCUACUGCAUAUACCGAACGAUAUUUAGGAAGAUUUAUUGAUGACCCAGAUGCAUAUUCUCGUACAGUUAUUAGAAAUCCUAAGAACAUGGCAUCCAAAGGAUUUUUAUUAGUUCACGGAACUGCUGAUGACAAUGUCCAUUUUAUCAAUACUGCUAAACUGACCAAAGAGUUGAUAGAUGCGGGGGUAGAUAUUGAUUUAAUGGUAUUAUUCGACGUGAAAAAGAACGCUUUCACAAACACAUCAAAAUUAUACUUCUUAUUGAUAUUUAAUAAACAUUUUAUUUAAACAAAUGCACUUUAAGCAUAAUAAAGUAAAUUAUUCUAAAUAAUUCACAAAAUUGUAACAUAUAAAACCUUGAAAUUUUUGUAAAACUGAGCUACCGUAGCAAACCCAGUCGUGGGUUAUAAAUUAUGAAUCUGCUACCAAUAUUUUUUCCCUCAGUAUGAUAGAAUUGUUAUCUUUAUUUUUAUUCGUGAUGGCGUCUGAAGAGAAAGGUACUGUAUUCGUGUUCUGACGUCACUAUUAACACUGGGAUGCAGGUAAAUCCACCCAACCAGUCCCAGACAGGAUGAAAUAUGCUUUCUGGAUUCUACCGCUCCCCAAAAUUUACAUAUUCUAUAUUAUCUUUAAUGUUUCAUGAAAUAAAUACGUAGGUCGUACUCAGAGGGCUUUGUCCUUGCGUGUUCGUGAACAUGUACCAGCAUGGUUGGGAAAAGGAGUUACUAAAUCGAUUAACAGAACUAUUCUUCCUCACUUGGUAGAUAGUGAACAUCAUAUCAAAAUAGAGGAAGUUUUCUCUGUUUUAUAUCAAGUUCCAAAAUAUCCACCUCAAGGAGAUAGAUUAAGAUUGCUCUACAUAGCCGAAGCCAUCUGGAUAAACUGCAGAAAACCAAACUUAUGUAUCCAGAAAAAGUAUAUCCAGCCUCUAUGUUUACUUUGGCGCACGACUGGACCACCCGGAUACUUAAACUGAAUAUUACAAACAUUGUAACCCCUCUUUUUUGAUUACCUCGAUCUUAAUCUUCACAUCCAUCAUUCUCGAUUAGUUUAUCGUAAUUACCUUGAUAGCACCCCC